AUGGCUUCCAAUAUGAGGAUCUUGAUCUCAGGAGGAGCUGGAUUUAUUGGCUCUCACCUUGUCGAUAAGCUCAUGGAGAACGAAAAGAAUGAGGUGAUUGUUGCUGAUAACUAUUUCACCGGUUCAAAGGACAACCUCAAGAAAUGGAUUGGUCAUCCUAGAUUUGAGCUUAUCCGUCACGAUGUUACUGAGCCACUGUUGAUCGAGGUUGAUCAGAUUUACCAUCUUGCAUGUCCUGCAUCUCCUAUCUUCUACAAGUACAACCCCGUGAAGACGAUCAAGACCAAUGUGAUCGGCACACUUAACAUGCUAGGUCUUGCCAAGCGUGUUGGAGCAAGGAUUUUGCUUACCUCGACCUCAGAGGUCUAUGGAGAUCCUCUGAUCCAUCCCCAGCCAGAGAGCUAUUGGGGAAAUGUCAACCCAAUUGGUGUUAGGAGCUGUUACGAUGAAGGCAAGCGUGUUGCUGAGACUUUAAUGUUUGACUACCACAGGCAGCAUGGAAUUGAAAUCCGCAUUGCGAGAAUCUUCAACACUUAUGGUCCACGCAUGAAUAUAGACGAUGGGCGUGUCGUGAGCAACUUCAUUGCUCAAGCACUUCGGGGUGAGGCAUUGACUGUUCAGAAACCUGGGACUCAGACCCGCAGUUUCUGUUAUGUAUCUGACAUGGUCGAUGGACUUAUGCGUCUCAUGGAAGGAGAUGACACUGGUCCUAUCAACAUCGGUAACCCAGGUGAGUUUACGAUGGUGGAACUAGCUGAGACAGUGAAGGAGCUUAUAAACCCGAGCAUAGAGAUAAAGAUGGUUGAGAACACACCGGAUGAUCCAAGACAGAGGAAGCCAGAUAUCACAAAGGCUAAAGAAGUGUUGGGAUGGGAACCAAAGGUGAAGCUCCGUGAUGGACUUCCUCUUAUGGAAGAAGACUUUAGGCAAAGGCUCGGAGUCCCCAAGAACUAA